AUGGCCAUCACAACUUUUGUUACUUGGGCGGCGGGUUCCGCAAGCAGCUUCACGUGCAUGCGGCUCUGCGCCCUCGUCGGAACGUCAAUGGUGCUCUUCCUCGUCAUCAACGAGAUAAUACGAGCAAAAUCCCGCAUCAAGGGCCUCCCCGGCCCGCGAGGCCUUCCGCUCAUUGGCGUGCUCUGGGAUAUCAGGAUCAACGCGGCAGAGCAGUAUCGCAAAUGGGCGAGGCGCUAUGGGGACGUCUACCAGGUGCAGCUGGGCAACGUGACCGUCGUCGUGGUCAACUCGGCCGAGUCGGCACGCACAUUGUUUGGCCACAACCCGCAGGCGCUCUCCUCGAGACCAGAGUUCUACACCUUCCACAAGGUCCUUUCCGACACGGCCGGGACGACCAUCGGGACGUCGCCCUACUCGGAAUCGCUCAAGCGCCGGCGCAAGGCCGCGGCGUCGGCGCUGAACAGACCAUCGGUAGCCAGCUACGCUGGCAUUUUGGAUCUGGAAACGCGCGAUUUUGUCCUUGAAAUGAUUGCCUACGGCAAGCAUGGCACCAAAGCCAUCGACCCGAUGCCGAUGAUCCAGAGGCUGUCGCUGUCGCUCUCCCUGACGUUGAACUGGGGCAGCAGGAUUGCAUCGCAGCACGACGGACUCUUUUCUGAAAUCACCCACGUCGAAGAGGAGAUUUCCAAGUUCCGCUCGACCACUGGGAACCUGCAAGACUAUAUGCCGCUUCUGCGCUUGAACCCAUUCAGCGGCCACUCGGCACGCGCGCGUGAAAUGCGCAACAGGCGGGAUGUGUACCUCAAGCAUCUGGAUGAUGAACUACACAUGAGGAUGGCAGCGGGGACGCAGCGGCCCUGCAUUCAAGCCAACGUCAUCCUGGACGACAGCGACGUCAAGGCGGACAGGUCUCAGCGUUUGUCGACGGCCGAGAUGACCAGCAUCAGCCUGACCAUGCUGAGCGGGGGCCUGGACACCAUCACGACCAAUGUCGCGUGGUUCAUUGCGCUUCUGGCGCAGCGGCCAGAUAUACAGGAAAAGGCCCACCUCGAGAUCCGCAAACACCUGCUCGACCAAGUGCAGCCUGACAGGUCUGAUCCGCUGGGACUGUGCGAUGCCGAGGACGACCAGGGCUGUCGGUACAUCGGGGCGCUGGUGCGGGAGAGCCUGCGGUACUACACGGUGCUGCGCCUCGCGCUGCCACGUGUCUCUGUGCGCGAAGUCGUCCACGAGGGCGUGGUCAUUCCGCGUGGGACGGUGUUUUUCCUCAAUGCAUGGGCGUGCAACAUGGAUGCCAAGGUCUGGUCAGACCCGGAGGAGUUUCGCCCAGAGCGCUGGCUCGAGCAGCCAGACGCGCCGCUGUUUACUUAUGGCGUGGGCUAUCGAAUGUGUGCCGGAUCGCUGCUGGCCAACAGGGAGCUUUAUCUGCUGUAUAUGCGUCUCAUUGCUCACUUUAGGAUCGAGCCGGCGCCGGCAAGAGACGGUUGUGAUGGCAUCGACGUGGUGGACUGUCACCCGGUGUCAGGCAACAGUGAUCCGACGAGCCUGGUAGCGAUCCCGCGGCCAUACAAGGUAUUGUUUGUGCCGCGAGAUCUCGACUUCAUUGGAAAGAGUGCUGCCUAG